AUGUUCAAACCUGUCAUCGGAAAACUUUCUUCCCAUUCGGCUCGUCAUUGCCAUCGGAACCUCGCAGGAGUGCUGUUCAAAACAAAUCAUUUCUUUGGGAAUAACCGAUUGACCAUGUGCUGUCAGGAACAACAACAACAACAAUUGAGAAAUACCUCUAUGGAUAUAUUUUCUAAAAUAAAUCAAAAAUCGAAAGGAGUGAUGACUGGUUCCAAACAACAUCAAACAAUGGAAGAUGGAAACUCACAACAAUCUGUUAUUAUUGAACCUGUGGAAUCAUUGGAUUCUACCACUCGAGAAACAAUCAUGAAAAUUAAAUCGGAUUUGAAAAAUCAUUUAGCACAUGUCAACCACUUGAUGCAAGAUAAUAACAAGACAAUGGCCGGAGUUUAUCUCAUGAAUGUCAUGAAAAAUUUCAAAAUGGAUUCGAAACAUGUACCAUAUGUGUACAAUGAUUUGUUACCUCUUUUGGAAAAAGUCAUUCAAUCCAUAGCACAAGCUUGGCAUUUCGAUACACCAGAAUGGAGACUAAAUUUGCAAGAAAAACAAAGUGAAACUUCACAAAUGCUUGUUGACAUAAUCAAGAAAAAUCAUCCUAGUAUUUUCUCAUCGAUUGACCAGUCAGUUGCAACAGAUACUACUGAAACGUCGACUAUGCAUUCGAAUGAUAGCGGUAUUGGGAUGGUAAUGACAGAUGAAGUAGUGAAAAAUAUCAUGAACUCUACUCCAUGGUCUAAUUACAUUUCACAUUCAAUUUUGGCACAAUUCGAUAUUCAAAAACAUUUACUUCUUUUUUUUGGUGAGGCAAUUAAGGAAAAGAAUGACUCAGCCGUCACUCUAAACAUGUCGAUUAUUGUGGGAUAUUGUUAUUCAAUAUUGUUCAAUGAGCCAUUGAUGAUGAGUGAAGCCAUGACCGAAAAAACCAUAUUAUUGAAAAUGUGGCAAACGGUACAUGAAAAAUUUGAAUCCUUAUUGAAACAACAAUCCACGCCUAUUAUCCUCGAUUGGAGCACUGACUUACCUAUCAAUGUGAAAUCAUGCAUGAAUUUGUGUCGAAUCAUUUUUAAUUUUAAUGCUAGAAACGAAUCAUCCUAUGCUAUGGUAGAAUCUCAAUUGAAUGAAUUACUGAAAACGGAUCCAAACAAUCCCUAUAUAUUAUAUUUCCAUUGUUUGGUUCUGGAAAAGAAGGCAAAAUUCUUAAUGAUGAAAGAUUUUGAUACCAAUGUGUACAAAAUUGAGCAAGCGCUACAAUCUGCCUUUUCCUUGGUUGAAAAGUUAGAAAAUAUUCUCAAAGAACAAACACCACCACAAACACGGAAGGACCAAUUACCCUAUCUCACCUCAGGUUUCACUCCAUUCCUUCCAACUCCUCUCCGUAAGGCACAACUCUAUAGCAUGCAAAUUGAUUUAUUUUCACGAUCUCAACUUGCAGCCAAAAUUCAAAGCGCUGUGAAGAGCAUGUUACUCGAGUUGGGAAAAUUAGAAAAACUACUAUUUCCGAGAAAUCCUCUCCUUCUCACAAAUCACAUGUUGAAUCAAGUACUGUUUUUGAAAUCAAGAGCGUACUUUUAUGCUCGUAAUGCAGAGGCAUGCUGUGAGGCCUUUGAAACUCUCUUUACAUUACGAUUUUUAUUUGAAGAGCAUGAACCAAAUGUUGUGAAAGCAGCAUCGUUUUAUGUAGCAGGAAUGCACAUGCUCAAACGAUUACCAGAAGCAGCUCCUAAAUUGGAACAACUCGCAAAAGAAGAUCCUUCGAAUGCAGAGUUGAAAUUUCUCCAAUUAACCAUUCGAGAUUUCUCACUUCAAAACAGCUACGUCUCGAAAAAUGAUUUUACUUCCCUCAUUCGUGAAUAUCAAGAAUUGUUGCAUCAAGUUCAAGAAAAGACCAAGAAUGUGAAAAGUAAUAGUGUCCAUAAUGACAAUCACAACAGUCACAACGACUCGAGUAAGCCAACCACUCUGACUGCAGUCGAUCCUGAAAAGAAGACGAAGAAAACCGCCACUUCUGCUCUGGAACAAAAAAUUCUCUUGAGACUUCAACAAUUGUAUCAGGUCGGUUCUGAUCGAAUGAACUCGUCAUCACCACCAUAA